AUGGAGGCCAUCGGAAGCGCCAAGAACGCCGAGGACACGCAGAGCAACAACGAUGACAAGGACGCGAACAAGUAUGCAGAGCAGAGGGAAGAAAACCACGACGCUAUGAAGGAGAGUGACACCACCACGCUGGACGAGGAAAAGGCCUUGAAGUAUCAAAAGAACCAAUUCGGGAUCAGACUUUACGAUAACGAUCUAAAAUACAGUGACGACAUUCAGACGAUCAUAAAAAAAGUGAUUAAUGACAAGAAUAUCCAUUUUUUCAAAAAGUACUCCUCGUUCCUCCUUUACCUAAGCAACGAGGUGGAGUACAUAGACAUCGAUGAUCGGAGCAAACUACAGAAGAAGGAAGCCAAUGAUGAAAACACCAGGGUUUUUUUUAAAAUCCAGCUGACUCCACAAAAUAUGAGCAUUAUUUAUAAUAUACUGGACCGGAAAAUGAUAGAAAAAAUAUUAUCCUUGUGUGAAAAUAAAUACAAAAAAAGCAAAACAUCCAUCGGGUAUGCAACAGAUAAACAGGAGAAUUACAAAAUCACCGAUUCGUCUAAUAGAACAAGCUCUACUGUCUUCUUAUACACAAUUAGAAACCGAUCCAUGAUUGAGCAAAACCAAGUCGAUAACGAAAGCUCCAUUGUCUACACAAAGGAUGAAAGUAUUAUGGACUUAGAAAAUACAAUAUGUAACUUGGUCAAAAUACCACUAUGCUACUUGGAACCCCUAGCCAUUGUAAAAUAUGAGAAAAAUAAUUACUUCAAUGUUCACCACGACGGGACCUUUCGGAGGGCCACUCUUUUAAUAUACCUGAACGAUGUGGACCAAGAUGGAGAAACCAUUUUCCCUCAUUAUAAUUUAUCCAUCAAGCCCAUUCAAGGGUCCGGUAUUUUCUGGUACAACAAUAUACCCGUGGAAGAGGAGUAUGCCAUUACGUACUGCGUAAACCGAAUGAACGAAAUUUAUGAGCAAGAAAGAUUGAAAUCGAUUCAAAAUGCGGAAUCCGGCGUGAAUCCUUCCGCUGCAUCAGCCGCGCCAUCCGCGUCAUCCUCACCCCCCACGGAAGACAACCACAGUGCCAAUUUCCCCUCGUCUAAAUUAACACCUCCAAACUCCACCACGACAAGUCUGAUCACGACAAAUCUGAACACAACAAAUUUGAGCACAACAGCAGAUGCCCUCUCCAGCACGCACAAAAAUCCGAUCAACAAAACCGUGGACCUAAUUAAUUUUUUAAAAGAUAAGUCCAACUUAGAAAAAUUCUCCAUCGAUAUCAUUAAUGACGAACUGGGAAACAUGUACAUCGCCGACAUGACUAUGCUGCACCAGGCCAACAAAGUUUCUGAUGAAUACAAAUAUGUAAUAAAUUGUUUUUUCAAUAUUAAUAUAGUUAGGAAUGUAUGA